AACAUUUCAUUUCCUUCUGCUAUUAAAAAACAACACUGUUUCGAAAAAGUAAAUAAAUUACAAUUGUUAAUUCUUGUGUAUUUAAUUUGAAGAAAAAGAUAUUAUAAAACUAAAAUUAUGCUCCUUACAUCUUUAUUGUUAAACGAAGCUAAGAAGAAGAGCAGGUUCCUUAUGGUUCAAAUAGAAAGUAUGGUGAGUGGCCACAGAAUAGUACUUGUGCGCUCUAGAGAAGAUGACAAAAUUGAAAUGAUCAAAUUCGACCCAUGGAUUCAAAGAGAAGCUUACUACAAAGAGGUAAAAAAGAUACGUGCCCUGUAAGGUAGAGAAAUAGAUAAUUUAUAACAACUUAUAUUUUACAAUAAUUUAUAUAAAUAUAUCAACCAAUUGUCUGCGAUUAUUAUACAAAAUUCACUUCUUUAUUAAAAAAAAAAAAAUAAAUAAAAGAAGAUGGAAAUUUA